AGUGAAGCUCUGUGGGAUGCUGCUGCUGUCCCUAGCGCUGGCUUUGCUGUGUUUGGGAGCCAUGAUGCACUGCAUGGUAAUAUUUUCGAAAGAAAAUUAAACAGAGAGAGAACAGUACAACUCUCAAGACACGUGAUACAGAAGAUCGGAUGCUGCUGCCUAGGAGUCGAAGCACACACUGAUACAUGGUAAACUUUUUAUUUGUAAGUAGGGAAGUUCACCUUAAAAUAAUGAUAGAAAGUACGAUACAGUGCAUGCAUAAGCCAGUAACAGGUGUUCAUUAUGACGAUCAGGACAUAAGUGUUAUAGGUUACAUAUGUACGGUACUAUUAUAGGCCGGCAGCACAGCUGCUUUGUAUACAAGGGACAUGAGAUACCCAUGUUUUGUGUGGGAAGCCAUCGCGUUCGCUACAUCACUUAACGUCUGCUGCGUCCUGUUCUCCAAUUGGGAUUUCUGACCUCUGUUUUAACCUUACGGGACCGUGAACGUGUAUGCGGUCGUACAUUGCCUGAAUGGACAUCAUGCAGCACGUGAAUGUGCUGUAAAUGUUUUAUUUGUUUUACAUUUUGUUUCUAACAGGAUUUGAGGUAGAUUUUUCAAUAAAGUCCAAUGAAUAUGAAUAAGUAAUAGUGGAUAAAAACCAAUAUGGCUCAUAUACCAUUAACCAGAUUGGGUCUGAGUUUUGGAAUUUCAACUAACUCUUCUUUUCUUUUUAGGUUGCCUCUUGGUGCUGCCUUGGCGUUUUUGGCACCCAGAAUGCUUCAUUCUGUGAUGGUCUGUUAAUAAGGGUACCUUGCUAGAAUUUGGAGCAGAUUGGCCAAAAUGGGAAGGACUGGAUUCUGCUCUCUUCCACAAAGAGUCAGUGGGACUGGCUAAGAUCAAAGUCUGAGACUUUUUCCACCUGCCAUCAGUCCCUUUUUGCUUUCUUUUACGACCACAUGAGACUUGAGAAGCCACCUAAAGCUAAAUCAUUUAGUGGAGUUGGGCAGUUCCCAAGUGUCCAACAAGAAGGCCUGGUUUAGGCUGCGAUGGCCACUGUCAUUCCUGGUGACUUGUCAGAAGUGAGAGAUACCCAGAAAGUCCCUUCAGGGAAACGUAAGCGUGGUGAAACCAAACCAAGAAAAAACUUCCCUUGCCAACUGUGUGACAAGGCCUUUAACAGUGUUGAGAAAUUAAAGGUCCACUCCUACUCUCACACAGGAGAGAGGCCCUACAAGUGCAUACAACAAGACUGCACCAAGGCCUUUGUUUCUAAGUACAAAUUACAAAGGCACAUGGCCACUCAUUCUCCUGAGAAAACGCACAAGUGUAAUUAUUGUGAGAAAAUGUUUCACCGAAAAGAUCAUCUGAAGAAUCACCUACAUACACAUGACCCUAACAAAGAGACGUUUAAGUGUGAAGAAUGCGGCAAAAACUACAAUACCAAGCUCGGGUUUAAGCGUCACUUGGCCUUGCAUGCAGCAACCAGUGGUGACCUCACCUGCAAGGUGUGUUUGCAGACUUUUGAAAGUACAGGAGUGCUUCUGGAGCACCUUAAGUCUCACGCGGGCAAGUCGUCUGGAGGGGUGAAAGAGAAGAAGCACCAGUGCGAGCAUUGUGACCGCCGGUUCUACACCCGGAAGGAUGUCCGCCGGCACAUGGUAGUGCACACUGGAAGGAAGGACUUCCUCUGUCAGUACUGUGCACAGAGAUUCGGACGGAAGGACCACCUGACUCGACAUAUGAAAAAGAGUCACAAUCAAGAACUUCUGAAAGUCAAAACAGAACCCGUGGAUUUUCUGGAUCCAUUUACCUGCAAUGUUUCUGUGCCUAUAAAAGAUGAGCUACUUCCAGUGAUGUCCUUACCUUCCAGCGAACUGUUGUCAAAGCCAUUCGCAAACACUUUGCAGUUAAACCUCUACAACACUCCGUUUCAGUCCAUGCAGAGUUCAGGAUCUGCCCACCAAAUGAUCACAACUUUACCUUUAGGAAUGACAUGCCCAAUAGACAUGGAUGCUGUUCAUCCUUCUCACCACCUUUCUUUCAAAUAUCCCUUCAGUUCUACCUCAUAUGCAAUUUCUAUUCCUGAAAAAGAACAGCCAUUAAAGGGGGAAAUUGAGAGUUACCUGAUGGAGUUACAAGGCGGCGUGCCCUCCUCAUCCCAGGAUUCCCAAGCAUCGUCAUCUAAACUUGGGUUGGAUCCUCAAAUUGGGCCCCUAGAUGAUGGCGCAGGGGAGCUCUCCCUGUCAAAAAGCUCUAUUUCUAUUAGUGAUCCCCUCAACACACCAGCGUUGGAUUUUUCUCAGUUGUUUAAUUUCAUACCAUUAAAUGGUCCACCCUAUAAUCCUAUAUCAGUGGGGAGCCUUGGAAUGAGCUAUUCCCAGGAAGAAGCACAUUCUUCUGUGUCUCAGCUGCCCCCACAGACACAGGAUCUGCAGGACCCGGCCAGCACUAUAGGCCUCGGGUCUCUGCACUCUCUGUCCGCAGCCUUUACCAGUAGCUUAAGCACAAGCACCACCCUGCCACGUUUCCAUCAGGCUUUCCAGUAGGAUCCUGGAUGUGGAUUUAUCUCAGAAGUAUACGUGCAGUCCUGCCUUAGAUGACCGUUUUUAUUUUAGUGCCUACUUUAAGACAACAUCAAAGGUUCCGCUUUUGUAUAGCACGGUUUCCAUUAAGCCAGUAUAAAAGAGAAAUUAGCUUUUUGAAUGAGCUUCAGAACCAUUUGUGUUCAGUUAUGUUUACCUGGGUAUUUUGUCCUAAUUCACUGCCAAUUGUCAUAUUUUAAAGUCAUUUUAUUUUUUUUCAUAUAGGAAAGCCAUUGUUAUUAGUAAAGUUUGAUAAAUCCCAUGUUCAGAUUACAUUUAGACCUUAACAUUUUAAUUUUUGUCCAGGAACAAUGGCUCCAGCUUUUGACAUUUGGCUCAUUUAAAGAUUUUACAAAGAAUGUAAAUUUUAUAAAAUUUAUAUGAAUAACCAGAGAGUUUAAAAAUUUUUUACUAGUCUCUAAAUUGAUUUGUAAUCAAGUGUUUCAGGUGAAGUAAGAAUCCAGUUUGGGAGAUAACACCUUUUCCUAGGUGUAUCAUAAUUUCAGGUCAGUAUAUUUUGAAGACUUGCUAUUGUCUGGCUAAAAUAUUUGCUGUCCUUAUUACGAGCACAUGAGGAAAAAACAAACCUAAACACAAAGCAUCAGUAUUUAUAGGAAAAAAAAAAAUGAGACUUCUAAUAAGGGAGACACGGCAUUGCAUGCUACCUAAUAGUUGACCUUCAAUUAGUACACAGUAUGUUUUGCCAUGUUUCAACCUUCCUAACUUGCUGUCUUUCCAUUUAAUAAGAUUAACAGUGUAUGGCAUUGGAGUCUUCAGAGUCAAUGUGUAGCGCUCUCUAAUCGUUUCCACCUUCCACAGCCAAAGGAUUGGUCAAGUGCGGAUAGAAAUUUUGUAUUCGGUUGUCAGUCCACAGUUAGUCAGGAAUCUGAGAGCCAGGGUGGAACUACAAGGCUUGGGUGUGUUUGUCUCUGCCUGUAUCAUGUGAUAGACACCUGAGCAGUAACAUAGAUGUGAGUUCCACCGUUAAACUUGGAGACCUGCUAGGAAUUACAUCUCCUUGUCGGUAGGACUGAAAGCCGGGUUCUUUAGAGAAAAAGUAAAAGCACAUUGCUUACAUCGCUUCCUGCUGAAUCCACUACUAUGCUUUCGUCGCCUUAACAGCCAAAAGCAGAAAACAAAAACAGCCCUGCCACAUGCAGGGUAUCUUUCUUAUUCAGUGUUAAUUCAUCUGCCCUUGCAGUUUUCGGAUGGAAAAUUUAAAGUGAAAUGCAUUAGGAGACUAUUUGAGGAAAUACCACAAAGUUUUAAAUGACUAAAAAUACAUACAGUAAGACCCCACUUUUACACAUCUCUGGGAAAUGGUGGGAAUGUUGCAAAUCAGUUGAAUUUGUAGAGGGGAGAUGAAGUAAAACAUGCAGUGUCUUAGUUAAUGUAAAAAUAACACUCAAGAAUAUUUUGUUCACUGAGUAAAAUGGUUAUUAUGGGCUUUCCUCAUGUUAGACAACUGCCAUAAUCUUCUCCAAGGUCAAAUUAUUAUAGCCUUUCUAAGUUUCAGUAUGUACAUCAACCUAAGAAACAUAUUAAGCACUUAUUAACACCUUAUUUUAGGACCUUGUCUGUCGGGGGGUGGGCAGGGGAGGAGGUUUAUUGAAGAGUAUAUAUCUCUUUAAAAAAGAAAACAUGAAAGAAAAAUAUUUCUGAGCACUCAUUAGCCCUAUAUGGAAGCUUUUUUUUUUUUUUUCCUUUUAUAGGGCCAAUUAUCACUGCAGAUUGAGAUGUUUACCAAGAAUUUCUAAAAAUGAGUGCAUAUUACUGAAUAUAAAACAUUAUUUAAAAGAUUUGGGGAUAGUAUAAUUUGUGGAGAAAUGUAAAUUGUAAUAAUGUAAAUGGGGGUUUCACUAUAUAUAUACACACACAUAUGUAUCGCACUUCAUAGAAUCAAAAUUGCUCUCAAGGAGUUUUGGCUCCUGAUACUUUAUCAUGCUCCUGUUUUUUUUUUUAAUCCUAGGAGCAGUAGUUUUUAUACUUAAGUAUUUAAAUUUUAUUAUGAAAAAUUACAUUUUAUAAUGAAAAUCGUGUUCCAAAGGCAUUAAAAUUAUAUAUAUUAAUAAGGAAAUGCGUUUUUAAAUUUUUCAAACUGCUCCUAAGCUUUUGGUUAGGAGAAUAUUUGCUCUGAAAGUAGACGUUUAGCUCUGCUUCAUUACAGCUUCCUUUAGUUUCUGUGAAACAGAUUGCUUACCUGAAUCUUUAGUUGAAUGAUUAGUGUUCAAUAUUGCUUUAAUCACCAUUAAAAAAAAAAAAAAAGAUAAAAGAA